AUGUCUAAUUUUGCAUAUGCUACCCUUUUAACAGGUGAAUCGUAUUUACCAGGUGUCUUGACUUUGGGUCAAAAAUUAAAGGAAUUAGGAACCAAACACAAAUUGAUUGUUUUGUUAGAUUCCAGCUCAAUUUCUGAAGAAAAUAAGGAAGUUAUCCAAUCCAUUUAUGAUGAAAUCAUUCCAAUUGACGAAGAAGUCAUUUCUGCCCCAUUGGAAAAGGUUCAAGAAAAGUUGGACCGUUCUGAAUUGUCCAUUACAUUUUCCAAGAUUUUGUUGUGGAAUUUGACUCAAUUUGACGAAUUAGUUUACCUUGACGCUGACGUGUUGCCUUUGCAAAACUUGGAUGAACUUUUUGAAUCGUUUGAAUUAAAAUCCGGUGAAAUUGCCGCCUCUCCAGACUCCGGAUGGCCAGAUAUUUUCAAUUCCGGUGUUUUGAAAAUCAAGCCAAGCACAGAAACUUUUGAAAAAUUGAUUGAAUUUUCUUCUCAACCAGAAAACACUUUUGAUGGGGCUGAUCAAGGGUUACUUAACGAAUUCUUUGGUGGUAACAACUGGGUCAGAUUGCCUUAUUUAUUCAACGUUACUCCAAACUACCGUCAAGACUAUCAAUAUCUUCCUGCAUUCCAUCGUUUCUUCAACCAAAUUAGAAUCUUGCAUUAUAUUGGUGCCGUUAAACCAUGGCAUUACGGAGACAUUUUGUCCAGUGAUUUAGCCAAUUUCCAUCAAUAUUGGUGGGAUGACUUUAACAGGUUUUUUGGUGAAGAUGCCCAUUUGAAAUAUAAAUUGUUGAAUUUACCUCGUGGUGAAGCUUCCAACUUGAAAUUCGGUAAACAAAAGAAUGCUUGGGAUGUUGAUUUUGUCACUGGUGGUUCCAGUGAACCUACUCGUGAAUCUCACUCUCCAGUUUUCCCUUGGGAACAUCGUGAAGAAAAGAGAGAAGCUACUCGUGUUUUCCACCCAACCACUCCACCAUCAGGCGAAGUUGAAGAAGGUUCCAGUGAAGCCGUUGAGGAAGAUUUAAAGAAAAACAUUGAAGCCUUGGGUGAUGUGAAAGUUUCUAAGGAUACUGAAAAAAAGAGUGAACCUUUACUGAAGAACUACGGUUUUGAAAAAGAAGGUGACAAGAACUUUAAUCCAGAAAAAUCAUUAGCUGAAGUUGCCAAAUUACCUUUCAAGUUCUUCUCCAAAGCUAGAGGAAAGAAGGAAGAAAAGUAA